AUGAAAGAGGGUUUUCUAGGUGCAUGUGAGAGAUGUGGUGAAGAAAUCAAUAGGUAUCAUAGGUACUACUACAAAUGUAUUAUGGCUAUGGAAGGUUCUUCAUCAUGUGAUGAUUUCUCACUUCACAAAUUCUGUGCUGAGCUCCCUAAAAGAGUUUGUGAUCGGCCUUUUUAUGAUACUCACGAUAUGGAGAAUCUUUGGAUAUACAAAUGCGAUAAAUGUAUGUACUAUGUCCAUUUGGAUUGUGCAGCAUCAAGAAGAGAGUCAUUCAUGUCCAUCUUCUUGUCUGCAGGCCUUGGAAAAACCAUUAAAAAUUAUGAAGAUAUUGACCAUCCUAGUCUUGUCCAUCUUGUAUUCCCUGAUGAAUCUUACACCUUGCCAAAACACUUGUUUUUCCAACAAAGUAGUGAUCAGAAACAUCAUACAGUAGAUUACCUAAAACACAUGAGUCAUCAACACCCUUUGAUUUUGGUUGAUCAGACGCAAAGAAACUCCUCAAAGAUUAAGGAUUCUUUGUUAUUGAUGUGUCAUAACCCAAUGAAAAAGACCCAACUGCUAUGCAAUUGA